AUAGAAGUACAUCAUGUAUAUGUUGAUGAAAAGGAGAACAUUAAAUAUCAAAAAUGUAGUAUGAAAGUUUCAAAUCAAAUAAAGAAGAAGGUUGAUGAUAAUAAUAAAGCAGUGAAAAAGGUGAAAAUAAAUGGAGAAUUUGCAAAAGCAUCAAUUAGGCUCAGUUCAAAUGUGAAUAAAAUAAGCAUAGAUGGUCAUAUUGAUAAUGUUAAGUUCGUUGGAUAUAUUCCUGGACUUGAGGUUGAUAUUGAUAAUGUUAAAGUAGUUCAAAAGUUCUAUAUAAAGUUAGUAAUUGAAGCACUAUUAGAUGAAGUUAUGAAAAUAGAUAUGAUAAUAAGAAGCCUACUAGAAAUGUUGACGAAGACUGAAUAUAGUAUUAAUAAUGCGAACAAUGAGAAUGAUAUGAUUAAAGUGUAUAAAAAUGAAUCCAGAGGAUCUAGCUCAGAUAGUAGAGUGAAUAAAUCUAGAAAUUACUAUGAAACUAGAAUUCAGAAUAAAAAGGAUGGACAAAAG